CGCGGGGUCCCCCGUCCGCGCCGGGGAGCUCGGGCUCCGAGCGUCGCGCCGGCGGGGCCGGUCCGGGGCGCGGAUGCUGGAAGUUCACAUCCCGUCGGUGGGGCCCGAGGCCGAGGGGCCCAGGCAGAGCCCAGAGAAAGGCCACAUGGUGUUCCGAGUGGAGGUGCUGUGCCGCGGGCGCAGGCACACCGUGCUACGGCGCCACAGCGAGUUCCACGCGCUGCACAAGCGGCAGAUCAAGAAACUGUACAAAGUGCCCGACUUCCCCUCGAAACGCCUGCCCAACUGGAGGACCAGAGGAUUGGAACAGCGCCGACAGGGCUUGGAGGCCUAUAUCCAGGGCAUCCUAUACCUAAACCAGGAUGUGCCCAAGGAGUUACUGGAAUUCCUGAGACUUCGCCACUUCCCUACAGACCCCAAGGCUGGCAGCUGGGGCACCCUGGGGGAGUUCCUGCCUAGCGACAGCAGCUCGCAGCUGCACCACCGGCCUGUCGUGAGCUUCUGCAUGGACCCCUACAUUCGCAGCCCCUCCCCAGAACUUCUGCCCAACGUGGUGGUGAAUGGCGUGCUCCAGGGCCUCUACGGCUUUAGCAUCAGCCCCGCUGAAGACCAGCCAAAGGCUGCCAGUCACCCUGCUCCUCUGCCACCAAUGCCCUGACCAGCCCAGAGGCCUCUGGGCCACCUGCCAAGACAGUCAUGUGCCUCAGUCCUACAGGCUCCAUAUAAGGCUAGGUCCUCCUGUGGCCUGGAUCCAGAACUUAUCGAAGGCCCAGUUGUGCUCCAUCGCUACUCAAGCCCUAGAACCCAGCUGGUAGCAGGGGAUGGUGGAAUUCGUGUUCUUAGAGCCCAAGGGCCAAGGCAAGGCCAAGAAGAUAAGAAGUCAACUUAGAGGUAGGCUCUGAAAAGGUACAGGUGUAUUUCUUAACCCAGACAAGGCGGUGGCAGCUGGGGAGUGAACGUUGAGGCACAGUAGCUGGCCCAGUUUAGAAGCAAGGGGCAAAAGGUCCUGGCUUUCUGUGGGUAACACCUGGGGCCAAAGUUGCAGCUAGAGCCCAAGGAAGGGGCAGGCAUGUUGGGACGCAGACUUGGUGGGGUGGGGGACGGUGCCGCAGGCUCUCACGAACCAGCCCACACGAAAGUUAUAAAAAAAAACCCACAUUUUUUUUAUUGGUCAGUGUUGGUAGGAGUUUGUUAAAAACUGGACCCGUGGGCGUGUGGAAUGUGAGGGAAGUGGGUCCACGCCGUCAGAUGCCAGCUCUAGGGCCAGGGCAGCACAGAGCCCUGUGGCAGACUAUCUUCACCCCCACGAAGGCGACAGGGCCUGCACAGACAGUUGCUCAAAGGGACGGGCCCCUGGCGCCCUACUCCUUGGCGAUGGCAAAGGGCUUCUCCACCUCGAUCUUGCCACAGUCUGCGAUGAUCACAUCCUUCAGGGGCUUGUCACGACUGUCCGUCUUGGUGGUCUCCACCUUCCGCACCACAUCCUGGGAAGGCAAGGCAGAAGCAGGGGGUCAGGAGGUCCCUGCACCACUCAGGAGAGAGGCCCUGCGUCUGGCUCAGGAGGGCUGAGCCCCACGUGUCAUCAACAGCGCCAAAACUCUAACGGACUCACGGCCAGGGCAGGGCGAAAGAUUUGACAAGGGGAAUGCAGAAGUUUUGUUCCUUUGAAGUAAAACCCAGGUUGGGCCAAGGGUGAGAAGAGGCUGGUUGGGGAGUGUGGUACCAAGUGGCUUCUUAGGGACAUCAUGUUCAGCUGUACUCUGUACAACUCGGGGAUGGGAGCCAGCACAUCACUGAGGGAAUGAAUGAUGGAACGGAGAUUCCUGUAGUUGUGCAGCCUCAACAAGGCCUCCUGGCUGGGCUUGCCAGGGCCUGGAAGAAUUUAGAAGCUUGUGGACACAAGGAUGCAGGCUGUUUAUUCUGGAUUCCCCCCAGGUUAGGAGACAUGAGCACUGGUCUAAAUCUGUGGGUUGGGUCCUUUUGGAAAAGGGACAAAAUACAUGGAGCCCCUGCCCCGAGGUCUGUGUUAGAUCCCGGUGAGGACUGGCCGGGUUGGCCCCCACGUCCAGAACUCACCAUGCCCUCUAGAACUUUGCCAAACACCACAUGCUUGCCGUCUAGCCAGGCCGUCUUGACCGUGGUGAUGAAGAACUGGGAGCCGUUGGUGUCUUUGCCUGCGUUGGCCAUGCUCACCCAGCCAGGCCCGUAGUGCUUCAGCUUGAAGUUCUCGUCGGGGAAGCGUUCACCAUAGAUGCUCUUUCCUGGGAAGACAGAGUAGGUCAGGGGGGCUGGGUUGGCCCAAACCAAGCAGAUGUUUGGGGUGAGGAUCGAAGGGGCUAAACCUGUCCUCUGUGCCAGGCUAGGCUUGGAUGGAGUUCAAGGACAUAAAAGCUGUCCCCUUCCUAUUGUCUGGCCUUAGAGCCAAGCCAUGCUGACUGACACCAAGUGGGGCAUAAGGCCUGGUUGACUGAGUGAAUAGCUCACGUGAUGUGCUACUUUGAGAGUAUAGUUUUAUGGCUUUAAAAUAAGGCAUAUAUUAUCAGUUACCCUUGGCUAUGGCCUGAGGCCUGCCACAGAAGGACUGUGGCGGAGAGAGGUGCUAUGCAGGAUGCAGGAGAACCAGGGAGGUAGGAACCUUCCAGAAAAGGACUGCUGUGGCUGCCCAGCUUGUCUUCCUAAGAGCACAAAAGACACGGUCACAGCUGCAGAGCAGAAAGCAGCCAGAGGGGGUGGGGAGGGGCAGGGAGGGGCUGCCACUGGGUUCUGGAGAGUCAAAGCCUCUUACCAAGCAAUGAACAUAAAACAAAAGGCAGCUAUGAAUAUGUGUAACGUGUCUGUCCAUGUGGGGCUUGGGGACAGGACGAAGGGAGCAAAAAGCAGAUUUCUACAUGACUGAGGAGGUGCUAGUUCCAAAGCUGACUCCAGGAGAAACACUGAAACUCUUCUUUUUCCUUGUUGUCUCUUAGAGAUUCAUACUGUGCAUUAGGCCCAGAGAAACCCAGCAAUAAAGAGGUCAUUUUCAUUUUGUUUUACUCAA